AUGAGCCUCUGUGUACCGUGCAACCGCACUUUCAGUAGUGGCCAGGCACUCAGGCAACAUGAAGAGGACUCACCAAAGCAUGGGCCCUUCGACUGCAAGGCAUGCAAUCGCUCUUUUAGCAGCCAGGAUGCAUUGACUCAGCACCGAAACGAUUCCCCAGUCCACCAAAGAUCCAGGAGGGACUCGGUCACUGCGUCAGUCACGCCUGCUCCCUCUAGUCGACAUGUCUCCUUGCCGUUCUCAGCACCUCCCAAUGUCUCUUCGGCAACACACAAUGGCCAGCGCAGCGGCCAUACCGCGACGGAAACCAGUUCACACGCAAGUCCGACAUUCGACUCAGACUCCAUCCCACUUGAAGACGUUUUGCAGGCCCUCACUAUAUCGGGUGCUAAUACGACUACCGCACGACCAAACAUUGGUCGAGCACGGGUUGCUGAACAACAAGAGGAGACGAGGACUUCCUUUAUGUUUCCCGAACUGCACCAACGCAUUGCGGAAGCUAUCGCGCCCGCCGUAACUUCAACGUGGUUCAAUUCCAACACAGAGGCUCCCUUUGAACACGAAGACGGAACGAAUAUCGUGGGAACAUUUCGAUGUGUGAACAAGCGAUGCAAAAAGAAAGGAUGGAGCAGUGGGGUGGUGGCAAUCUGGAUCUAUGGAUACUCUCGUAAUGGUUACAACGCUAUUGUAUACAACCAGCGAUGCAAGGCUUGCGACUGCCUAGGAAGCCUCAAGAUGGACGAGGAAACGUACGUAGAGCGGGUUGCGUACAGACUCAAGAAAUGGGCAGGCGUGAGGAUGGAGCGACCGUCCUUUGGUCACAAGCUCCUCCGUGGCCCACAUGACAGCGAGCGCUGCGAGGGCGGUCCUCGAGGCCUGCCACUGCUCGGGAACCUACACCAAGCACCAAAAGGUGCACCGUGGUUGACCUUCACCAAGUGGAUCAAGCAGUACGGGAACAUUGUUUCAGUCAACCUUGGAGGUACCAUCAUCAUAAUUGGUGAUUAUGAAACGGCCAAAGAACUACUCGACAAGCGAAGGAACAUCUAUAGUAGCAGGCCGCGUCUCGUCAUGGGGCACGAGUUAGUGUGCAACAGCAAUCCGAUCGUGUUCAAACCUUUUGGUAAUGAUUUCCUUCUACACCAGAAGCUUCAGGCGCCGGUAUUGAGCCCGCGGGCAACGGCUUGCUACACACCCAUUCAAGAUCUGGAGAGUCAGCAACUACUCAAGAGCCUUCUGGAGUCAUCCGGAAGCAUCGCGCAUUGCGUCGAAGUGUUUGCAACGAGCUUGGCGUACUCUAUGGCUUUCGGGAUGCGUAUCCACACCGGAAAGGAGUGGCAGGUGGAACGGACUCGCGAAUGCAUGAAGAACUUCCACGUUGCCGGUCAACCAGGAGUUUGGAUCGUGGAUGCGCUGCCGUGGCUCAACCACCUGCCCGCAGCCAUUGCGCCUUGGAAGCGCCAGGCCGCAAAGUGGUUCCAUGAGCUCGACGACCUGCACGUCAAGAGCUACAACGAGGCGCUCAGACGCGAGGGUUGGAACUGGGCGAAAGACUUUGAGAAGGCUGCCGAAGCUCAAAGCAUGACUGAGCAGCAGGUCGCCUGGGACGUUGGUAUCCUCGCCGAUGCUGGGGUUGAAACCAUGAGCGCUACCCUUAUGAUCUUUGUCCUCGCAUGCGUCGCGCAUCCUGAAUGGCUCGCGAAGGCGCAGAAGGAGAUUGACCAAGUCGUAGGCGAGCGACUGCCCGGGUUUGGGGACCUCAGAGACUUGCCGUACAUCCAGGCCGUAGUGGAAGAGGUUUUUCGCUGGCGCCACCCACAACAAGCCGGCAUUCCGCACGCCACAACCCACGAGGACUACUAUCAGGGCUACCUUAUCCCCAAGGGAUCUGUUGUCAUCCCGGUCUUUUCCGCGAUGCGUCACAACGAGGACCUUUUUGACAAGCCGGCAGAGUUCCGGCCCGAACGCUGGAUGGGCAAGUCGCAAUCGCAAUUCAACAACUUUGGGUACGGUCGCAGAAUCUGCCCUGGCCGUCACAUCGCGCGCAACUCAGCAAGCAUAGUAGUUGCGCGCCUGCUGUGGGCAUUCAAUAUCCGUACGCCGAGUGGGAAGAAACUCGUUGUGGAAGAAAGUAUGUUCACCACGGGGUUUGUAUCGGCUCCGAAGCCUUUUGCGUGCAUCUUCGAGCCCCGGAGCGAGACACAUGUCCGCGUUAUUCAAGAGUCCUUCGACAAGGUAGACAAGAACCUUACGACUCUUCUUAACGAAGCGCGUGAGAAGCACAAUGCGCUGGGAAUCAAGGCCCGCGCGUAG